AUGACCACCGUUCUCAUCACCGGUGCCACCGGCAAACAAGGAGGCUCAGUCAUUGAUAAUCUGCUGAAAAAGCAAGCACCAUUCAAAAUACUAGCCGUCACACGAGACAUCAACUCUGCCUCAGCAAAGAAGCUGGCCCAGAAAUCAGACCAGAUCACCCUCAUCGAAGGAAACCUCGAUGACCCAGCGGCCAUUUUCGAAAAUGCGAAACGCCAAUGGUCAACCCCAGUCUGGGGCGUGUUCAGCGUCCAGACCGUAAACCCAAGGAACGACGAUGAAAAACGCCAAGGGAUUGCCCUCGUAGAUGAAUCCAUCAAGCAGAACGUCAAGUUCUUCGUCUACAGCUCGGUGGACCGGCAUGGCUCAGACUCAGACCAUAAUCCGACGCCAGUUCCUCACUUCAUCCACAAGCAUGAGAUUGAGGCUCACCUCAAAGCAAAAACCGAGCACGGCGGGAUGGACUGGACGAUCCUCCGCCCUGUGGCGUUCUUUGAAAACUUCACGCCAGACUACUUUGGCAAGGUAUUUACGACGGCCUGGCAAAUGAGUCUGAAGGGGAAGCCGCUCCAAGUGAUUGCCACCGGGGACAUCGGCUUUUUCGCCGCCGCGGCGUUCAUGAAUCCCGAGGCUUCGAAGAAUCAUGCCAUCUCACUGGCCGGGGACGAGUUGACCUUUGAGGAGAUGGCACAGACCUUCAAGCGACUGACUGGCAAGAACGUGCCCACGACUUUCACCACGCCGGUAUGGUUGAUGAUGUCGAUGGUCAAGGAAUUGGGUGUUAUGUUCAAGUGGUUCUACGAUCAAGGCUUUGCGGCCGAUGUUGCUGCUUUAAAAAAGCUGCAUCCGGACUUGAAGACAUUCGAGGAUUGGUUGAAGGAAGAUAGUCAAUUCCAGGUCCAAAUGUAA